GGCGCACUGGGCCCGGCCAGGGCCCAGCAUGGCCGAGCCGCUGCUCCGCAAGACCUUCUCCCGCCUGCGGGGCCGGGAGAAGCUGCCCCGCAAGAAGUCGGACGUGAAGGAGCGCGGCCGCCCUGUCCAGCGCCCGGAGCCCAGCCCUCCAGAGCCAGAGCCCCAGCCCUUAGAGGAGUCUCGGGCUGGAGCAGAGGGUCCCCCCAGCCCGGAAUCUGCAGCCCGCAGCCCUGCCCGGGGUGCCUACCUGCAAAGCCUGGAGCCCAGCAGCCGCCGAUGGGUCCUGGGUGGGGCCAAGCCCCCAGAGGAAGCCGUUUUGGGGCCCGGCUCCCCGAGCAGUGGGGAGCCCGCCGGCGAGAUCUGGUACAACCCCAUCCCUGAGGAGGACCCCAGAUUGCCGGCGCCCAAGCCCUCGGGGUCCCCGCUGGACUUCGCUGAGCCUGACGGCACAAUUCUGGUCCCUGACACCUCCCCUCCCGCAGGCCCCGUGACCAAAGCCUCCCGCACCAAGUCCCCGGGCCCAGCGCGCCGCCUGUCCCUGAAGAUGAAGAAGCUGCCGGAGCUGCGGCGCCGCCUAAGCCUGCGGGGCUCCCGGGUGGGCCGGGAGCGGGAGCGGGCCGGGGCCGCCCCAGCAGGGUCAGUCAUCAGCCGCUACCACCUGGACAGCAGUGUGGGGGCCCUGGGACGGGCAGCCGGGGCUGGGGGUCCCCGGGGCCCGAGGACUGGGUACCUCAGCGACGGUGACUCCCCGGAGCGCCCCGCGGGGCCCCUGGCUCCCACCGCCUUCCGACCCUACCAGGUGAGUCCCGCAGCCCAGACGCCCCCCGCUGCUAUCUGGGGGCGCCUCAGCCUGCACCUGUACGGGCUCGGGGGUCUGCGGCCGGCCCCGGGGGCCACUCCCAGAGACCUCUGCUGCCUACUGCAAGUGGACGGGGCCGCCCGGGCCCGCACGGGGCCUCUGCGAGGCGGCUCCGACUUCCUGCGCCUGGACCACACGUUCCACCUAGAGCUGGAGGCCGCGCGCCUACUGCGGGCCCUGGUGCUGGCCUGGGACCCUGGAGUGCGGCGACACCGGCCCUGUGCCCAGGGCACCGUGCUGCUGCCCGCACUCUUCCGAGGGUGCCAAGCCCAGCAGCUGGCCAUCCGCCUGGAACCCCAGGGGCUGCUGUAUGCCAAGCUGACCCUGUCGGAGCAGCAAGAUGCCCCAGCUGCCGUGGAGCCCCGCGUCUUCGGGCUGCCCUUGCCACUCCUGGUGGAGCGGGAGCAAGCCCCUGGCCAGGUGCCCCUCAUAAUCCAAAAGUGUGUGGAGCAGAUUGAGCGCCGAGGACUUCGGGUAGUGGGGCUGUACCGUCUGUGUGGCUCUGCAGCAGUGAAGAAAGAGCUUCGGGAUGCCUUUGAGCGAGACAGUAAGGCUGUCUGCCUCUCCGAGGACCUGUACCCCGAUAUCAACGUCAUCACAGGCAUCCUCAAGGAUUAUCUUCGGGAGCUGCCCACUCCACUUAUCACCCAGCCUCUCUAUCGGGUGGUGCUGGAAGCCAUGGCCCAGGGACCCCCAAACAGGGCUCCCCCGGGUGCUAAGGGCACCCGAGGGCUCCUCAACUGCCUGCCUGAUGUGGAAAGGGCAACACUGACGCUACUCCUGGACCACCUGCGCCUUGUCUCCUCCUUCCACACCCACAACCGCAUGACCCCACAGAAUCUGGCCGUGUGCUUCGGACCUGUGCUGCUACCAGCACGCCAGGCACCAGCACGCCAGACACCAGCCCGGCCCCGAGUCCGCAGUUCCGGCCCAGGCGUUGCCAGCGCUGUAGACUUCAAGCGCCACAUCGAGGUGUUGCAUUACCUGCUGCAGUCCUGGCCAGAUCCCUGCCAGGCCCCAGAGGCUCCGGAAGUUGCAACAUACUUGCGGCCCAAACGACAGUCACCACCGAGGCACUUGCCUCUAGCUGGGCCAGAAGUGGUGACUCGACCCCGCUACCGCAGAGGCCCGGAAAGCCCUCCAAGCAACCGCUACGCUGGUGACUGGAGUGUGUGCGGGCGGGACUUCCUCCCUUGUGGGCGGGACUUCCUGUCGGGGCCCGACUACGACCACGUGGCAGGCAGCGACAGCGAGGACGAAGACGACGAUGAGAAUGGCGAGUCACGGGGUACUGCCGACUUUGAGGAUGAGUUCGAUGCGCCCUUCAACCCACACCUGAAUCUCAAAGACUUUGAUGCUCUCAUCCUGGACCUGGAGCGGGAGCUCUCCAAGCAGAUUAAUGUAUGCCUCUGAGUCUGUCAAGCAGGGCAGGACCCUGGUUACCAAGGACAGGCAUCCUGGUUACUAAGGACACUGGUUACCAAGGACCAGUGCUCUGGUUAGUGAGGACAGAGAAUUUGGUUACUAAGGACCAGGAACCCAAUUACCAAGAAUGGGGACCCUGGCUAUAGGCAGGGCCCAAUUGUUCAAGAGGACUCCAGUUGCUCACCAUGUGCUCCUUGUUCUUAGGGACCAGUCUCCCAUGCUGAGAAUCAUUCCUCAUUUCUAGCACCCAGUGUUUCGACACUAGUUGCAAUAGCCAGGCACUGGGGGGAUCUUAGGGUCUAGCUUUCAUGACCAUGUUUUCUGAGUGCCAGGGAUUCUCCUUCUGCCAAAAGGCAGUUCUGCUUGCCAGGCUGGCCUCUCUUGCCUCUUCCCCUUUGCAGGGGAAACACCAGUUACUGUAUCACCCUGGGGUGAGACACACACACACACACACACCCCAGUUCUCUUGCUGCCAACCAAAUCAGUAUUAGCUUUGAGCACUGAACUGUUUCUCCCUCCCCUUUCUGGAUCGAAGGACCCCCAUAAAGCACUGUGAGGGUAAUAGCCCCUAUCCUGGCUCCAGCCCAAUAGGGGCUGCCCUCCCCCACUCUCUUUCCAGGGAAGACCCUGUGAUGUGCUACCAAUCAACACACAGAGAUAAGAGUCCAACCCUUCCCUUCUCCAGAUGUCCUGCUACCCCUGAGGAAAAUUGAGCACUUAACUCCUCCCUUUUGGAGGGGCCCCACCUGAAAUGUCAGGCUGGGCACUUUGGUACCGAAUAUAUUUAUUGCCUACGUGUGUGUGUGUGUGUGUGUGUGUGUGUGUGUGUGUGUGUAGACAUGUGUGGACAUGUCUGGAGCAGGUGCAUGUCCAGGCACCUCAUGUGUAUGUGUGUGCAUGCAUGCGUGUGUGCACACACAUGUGGACAUGUUCAGAGCAGGUGUGUGGAACUUUCAGGGAUGACAGAGUGGGGAAGAAUUUACCAUGUCCAGACACUCUGAUGUCCCCAGUAGUCCAGUGGGAAUCAGGUCCCCUUCUGGUCUCCUUCCCCUCACCUCCACCUUUGUGAACAAUAAAUCAAUAUGCACAAG